AUGAUCCCUCUGCUGUACUGUUCAGGGCUUUGCGCGUGUUGCGAUAUUCGGCCCGACCACGAUUAUGACAAAUGUCCCAAGUGCGACGUUGCCAUCUAUUGCGAUGAAGAAGCAAUAGAGGAAGACAAGAAGGACCACGAGGCUGAGUGCGCAAAGAUUUGUAGCACUAUUAAGUGGUACCACGAGAUGUUCCAAGGGGGGCUGAGAAAGCUGGUACUUGAAGAAAUCGGCAUGCUUUCGCGUCAUCGGGUUAUGCAUGGGUACAAUAUACCUGUAACCGAGUAUGUGUUCGCGUACUUUUGCCAGAAGCACCUUCCCCUCACAGAGAUGUGUAUGGUCGAACUGCGUAAGGAAUUACUUCUCUUCCGAGAAUUGCUCCGCUUGCAUAUGGUGUUCCCAAAGGUUGCCCAACACCAAAUCCCAACAAUCCUUCUUCAGUUGCGUCAAGAUGAGAUGUGUUACGAUUUUAUACGGCAGGGUAUUCGAUGGGAGCCUGAGAGAAGCAUCUCCAAGGUCCUCAAAUGUGGUCUGGCAUAUCGUGACCCAAAGGGAAAUGACCCGUUCUACGAUGAGACCUUCUUCUGCAAGGACUUCAUAGAUCUCGAAGACAUUGGUGAGACACUUGUUCGGUGCGUGGGAGUGGCCUUCAUCAAGGUGAAAAUACUGCUGGACCUGGAGACGCUGGAGGCUGCCACCUACACGGUUGGAUCGUUGGUUCCGAGAGAGACCCUGAUCCAAAUCAAGGGCUUCGCCGCAACCAAUUGGUACGUGGAAAGGAGCCAACAUCUGAUUGAGGAAGACCGUCCUACAAAGGCACGUGAGGUGCUCAUGAAGCAGAUCGGGAUGCUGUUUACGCUAGUGAAUCGACUAGAUUGCAACCUUUGGCCGAAUCUGAUUUUCGAGGCCCCGGUGCCCUCUGGAAAAGAGAGCAAAACUUUACGCCAGGUCGUGCACAACGUUGCACGUCUCUGGGUUUGUCACCCUCGAGCUUUGCAGUUUAUGGCUGCCAUGAUGCGCCGCCAUUAUCGCGACAACCUCGAAGGAUGGCAGGUCAGAACAGGACCUCCUCCAUUCUGCUUUGAAAACAGUGGCCGUGAAAUCUUUGCAGACCUAAUCUAUGGCCAAUUUCUGGUUUAA